AUGGGCAAGACCCUGGCAAAAGCUAGGAAAAAGGCUGCAAGAGAAUUACAAGAAAAUGUGAAGAACGGGGUCAGCAACACCCUUCACGGUGGGCCUUUGGCAGUCAUCGCAAAGCGGCUUAAGUACAAGCUCCCGACCAACCCCAAAAAGAAAGUCAAGCUGGUUCCUAUCAUCAGCGAUGCGCUGAACGCAAAGGCAUGGUCAGAGGCGCAAGAACUCCUUGAAAUGCUGGAACGGAUGCAGCACGCUGCUGAGGCCGAGGUUCCCAAGCUGGGCGCAAUCAUGCGCUGGGUCAGGGCAGCGGACCUGGCGGGCACGGAAGCCGUGGCUGCCAAGCUUUUGGCCGCCAUCAUGCGCGUUGCGGCGGGGCCGCAGCCCCACCCUGCCGCCUCGGACGCAAACCCAGACGCCGCGGCCGCCGCCGCGGGCCCCAACGCCGCUGAUCGCGACAACGCUGGCACUAUGCUCCCUGUACGGCGCUUUCCGCCCUGGCGUCCGCCAGAUGCCGCGCCGGGCGAUAUAGCCACCACAUCUGGUGGCGCCGCACAUGCGGACGGGGACAGAGCCCUGCAGGCCGGGGGCACAAUGGCGCCGGCCCCAGGACCGUAUAUUGGCCGCUUCGCUGUCGUACCGCUGCCUCCCGAGUAUGCGGGCACCAACGCGAAUGGCAGCACCGCGGGCAUGGCCGCUGCCAGAGCUGCUGCUGACAGCGGCACCACGCUCCCAAACAUCGCCCGCGACCUGACCAUGUUUUGCACUGAACCCGGAACAAUUCAGUACGACGCCUCGCGCCCGCCAGUGGUUCGUGUAGAGGUGCCAUUCGUACCUGGGGCCUUUACACUAGUGGGGGCAUUGUCGCGGCGCGAAUGCAUGCAGAUCGUGACGUGUGCAGAGGAGAUGGGCUACACCGUUGACCCGGACUACACCUUCUCUGCGGCCGCGCGCGCCGCGGCUGCGGGGUUUGUGUACGGCAUGCCUCAGGGGCCGUUAUACGACCGAGUCGCGCACCUACUGCCGCAGCGCCUCUGCGGUGGUGAUCUGGCCGGCAUCAACGCUCGUUGGCGGCUGUACAGGUACGACAAGGGAGCCGUGUAUCGGCCCCAUGUAGAUGGCGCGUGGCCUGGCAGCGGCCUCAAGGACGGGCGGUACGAGUUCGACGCGUAUGGAGACAGGUGGUCCAGGCUCACUUUUCUGGUCUAUCUGAACGACGAUUUUGAAGGCGGAGCGACAACCUUUUACACCCCAGCACCGCCAGGCAGUGGAUGCUGCCUCGCGGCGCACAGCGUCAAGCCGGUGGCUGGAAACAUUUUGGUCUUUCCACACGGCGACACACAGGGCAGCCUGGUGCACGAGGGAAGCGCCGUGACCCGUGGGUCCAAGUAUGUCAUACGCACGGAGGUGCUUUACAAGCUUGCUCCUGGCGUUAGGGGCGGCGGAGUCGGGGCGCCUCAGCCGGCGAUGCAGAUGCCGGGGGUCAUAUCCAUGGCAGGCGAGGCCGCUGUGGUGUCGGGGAAAAGGCCAAACAAGACCUAA